CAAACUUAAAAAUUUAACGUCUGCAAUACGCAACAAGUCAGUUCUGGUCAGUUGUAUUUUUAUAGUUAAUUUUAUUGCAAGUAAUAAUGGACAAAAUAAUAACGUUUGAUAAAAGUUUUCAACAACGUUAUACAGAAUUUAAUGAAGUACUUUCAAAUUAUACACUUCUGCCAUCUUCACACCUUAAAAAACAAUGGGGUUUUUUCAUAGAAUUAACUCUGGAUAAGAUUGGGUGGCAAGCAGUUUGGAAAAUUCCCAGAUUAAAAUGUGAAGCACUGGAUAUUCCUUUUCCGUCCGUUGUUUUAGUUAUAGUACUUACUAUUAAUACUAAGGAAUUAACAGCAUUGGUAAGAAUACUAGCAGUUCAAGAUGAUAUUUACAUUCCGGAGAAACACUGGGUACCUCUAAUGCAGCUUUGGCCUACUGAAGAACAAGAUAAAAGUAUUGCUUUAGGGUUAAUGCAAACUGCAAAUUCAUUGGAUAUGUUAAGAUUCUUUUAUUUAUAUCUCUAUAUGCCUUGGGACAGAGAUGAAGAUGUUAAUAUAGAUUGGAAGGAAACUCAUUUAGAGAGUAGGUUAAGGUUUUAUUACGAUUUGAAAAAUGGAAACAUUCCUCGAGCUGUAGCUGAACAUAUACACUGUUUGUUAACAGAGGCUAGAAGGAUGCAGAAUAAAAGAGAGUUCAUUGAGAAUCAAUUAACUCAGGAAGAAGAAAGUGAAGAAUUCAAUAAAGAUACUUCAGCAGAAAAAAGAACUAGAGCAUUAAUGGAGAUCCACGUUCAUUUACUAGAAAUACGCACAGAGAUAGAAAUUGCAGAAAAUCCAUUACUAAGAGAUAUAAUAAUAGAGAGAUAUUCACAACUAGACCAGAUUUCAAAAAACACAGAUCCUCAAAUUUGGUUGAUUUUUGAUCAAGGCACUGCAGAUGAACACAUAGACUUUUUAACACAAGUAAAGUCUUUGUAUCCUAAAGAUAACUUGAAAUUUUGUACAAACCUUGCAUCAAAAUUAGAAAGUGCAAAUACAAAAGAUACUUAUCUUGUAAAUGAAAGUAACCAUAAUAUAUUUACUACAGGGGCUUUGGAAAAAGGAGGAGUAUUAAAAGGAAUAGGGUCAUCAAAUAGAGUGAUAAUCACUUCUGAUAUUGAAGAUGUUAUGUUUGACUUUAAAGGUGAUUUGGUGGUACUUGAAAAUCUAACAAUUGAUGCCAAAUCUGCUCAGUGUGCAAUACUUGUUAGACAAGGUAACUGUAUUCUCAAAAAUUGUAAAAUAACUGGAAAAGGCAACUCUUCUGUACAUCAAGGAAUUAUAGUACUGAAGGGAGCUCAUUUGGAAUUAGAAAACUGUGAGAUAAAUGGUUUUUCAACAGCCAUUACUGGAAAUUCGGAUUGUAAAGUGGUUUUAAAGGACUGUGAUAUUUACGACGCCGAUGUAGGAAUCAAGAUAUUCGAUGGUUGUUCCAUGAAACUGGAAAAGUAAAUAUAAGAGAAUGUAUGGAAUUUGGGUUUAUAUUGGAGACUGAUGAAAAAACUGCCACUAUUGGAAACUUUGAGAAUUUAAAUUUAAUUCCAGAAAUAGAACAUGUUGAAGUGGAAGGUUCCAACAAUACAAGAGGGGAUGUUGCAAUUCUUCAAAGACCCAAGCUGAAACCUGUGGAGGAUUUAUUCGCAAAUCCGGACAAUGAUCCCACUAUUAUUGAAUCCGAUGAGGAAGAAACAAUCAGAUGCUAAUUCAUUCUUUAUUAUGUGAUAUUUAAAGUUGCUAUUUUUUAUUUUGCUCUUUAGCUAUAAGCUG